AUGGCUCCUGGAGAUCGAACAGAGGGAGACCGAGCAGAGGAGAUAGACCGAGCAGAGACCGAGCAGAGAUCGACCGGAGACCGAGCGGAGAUCGGGCGGAGACCGAGCGGAGAUCGGGCGGAGACCGAGCGGAGAUCGGGCGGAGACCGAGCGGAGACGGGGCGGAAAUCGGGCGGAGAUCGGGCGGAGAUCGAGCGGGGGAGAUCGAGCGGAGGAGAUCGACCGGAGAUCGAGCAGAGGGAGAUCGACUGGAGACCGAGCAGAGACCGAGCAGAGAUCGACCGGAUGGAGAUGGGAGAUCGACCGAUGGAGAUGGGAGAUCGACCGGAGACCGAGCAAAGGGAGAUCGACCGGAUGGAGAUGGGAGAUCGACCGGAUGGAGAUGGGAGAUCGACCGGAGACCGAUGGGAGAUCGAGCAGGGAGAUCGAGCAGAGGGGAGAGGGGAGAUGGGAGAGAGCAGAGGGAGAUGA